CAUUUGCAGGGGCCAAAGCCUGCCAUUCUCUCUCUCUCGCCAGCGCUUUAUUUUUAGCCGGCCGCUCAGGUCGGCUGGGAUCCCGUUGCAAGAGGAGAGAGAGUGGGAGGAGAGAGAGAAGGAGAGGGAGGAGGAGGCUGGGACCUCGGCGGAGAAGGGACCGCAUGCCCGGCGGGGCUGCCUCCUCCUCCUCCUCUGGCUCCUGCUGCAGGGAGAGCGGCUUGGGGCUUCUCCCGUUGGGCUACUGCGGCAUCGCAGCCAGGGAAGGAAGGAAGGAGCUGCGUGGCCCUCGCCAAUGGCCAGCCCCGAGGACGCCCCCCGCCCCGAGCCAGCCUUGGCCGAAGCCCAGCAAUGGAUCGAGCAAGUAACAGGAAGAACAUUUGGUGAUAAAGAUUUCCGGUUGGGGCUGGAAAACGGUGUCCUGCUGUGUGAGUUGCUGAAUUCCAUAAAGCCUGGAUUGGUCAAGAAGAUCAAUAGAUUGCCGACUCCCAUUGCAGGACUGGACAACAUUGCCUUGUUCUUAAGAGGCUGCAAGGAACUGGGGCUCAAAGAAUCCCAGCUUUUUGACCCAGGAGACCUGCAGGACACCUCAAACAGAGCAGCAGUCAAGAAUCAUGAAUGUACUCGGAAGCUGAAAAACGUUUUAGUCACCAUCUAUUGGCUGGGAAAAACAGCAAACAGCAGCACUUACUUCAGUGGAGCAACGCUGAACCUGAAGGAGUUUGAAGGAUUAUUAACCCAGAUGAAAAAGGAUACUGAGGAUGUUGAGAGCCCCAAGCGCAGUAUCCGUGACAGUGGCUAUAUAGACUGUUGGGACUCAGAACGCAGUGACUCUCUUUCUCCUCCGCGCCACGGCAGAGAUGAUUCCUUUGACAGCCUCGAUUCCUUUGGCUCUCGCUCCCAGCAGACGCCGUCUCCAGAUGUGGUGUUAAGAGGAAGCAGCGAUGGGAGAGGAAGCGAUUCGGAAUCUGAUUUGCCACAUCGAAAGUUGCCAGAUGUGAAAAAAGACGAUAUGUCUGCAAGGCGGACAUCCUACGGUGAACCCAAAUCAGUUGUGCCUUUUAACCAAUACCUCCCCAAUAAAAAUAACCAGACUGCCUAUAUUCCGGCUCCUCUCAGGAAGAAGAAAGCAGAACGUGAGGAGUUCAGGAAAAGCUGGAGUACUGCUACUUCACCUCUAGGAGAGAGACCUUUCAGCAAAACCCAUCCUGAAACCAUAGAAGAAGAGCAAAGCGAGGUACUGGUACAAUCUGAAGAGGAUCUGGGCUGCACCAUUUCCACUGCUGUUCCCUUGGUUGAGCCAGUUCAGGCAGACAUAAGCCAACAAGACCCCUUACGUCAGUCUCCUACACAUUCUGCAAACAAAACAGCAGGGCCCAGAAAUAACGAAAAGGAUCCUGAGGAGCUCAAAAAGCUAAGAAGGCUUGAAGAGGCUGGUAUUAAAAUCAUGCCAGCAGCACAGCGCUAUGGAAGCAGUCAAAAGCACGUCUCUGAAAAGAGUGAGCUUACUCCAGACAUCAUCCUCCGCAAAGAAAACCCCUUUAUGCUGUGCUAUCAGCAAAAAGAUUCUGGCUCAGAAGACGAACGAGAUGAGAAAAUCCCUGACAUAGAGAAAGAUGACUUUGCCAUACGCAAAGCAAGAUUAAACCAACCCAAACUUACACUGCCAUUUCACCAUUACUUUCUGGGAUCCUGUACAAAAAAAGAGCGAGGUAAAGUGGAAGAAGGGAAGAAACAAAGCGAAAAAGAGGACAAUUCAAGUGGAAAGAAGGUACAUAUGAUUUCGACAAGGCCAGCAACAUUAUGUGAAGCCAAGCCGUGCCUGCCAUCUCUGGAUGACGGAUCUAAGGAGAGAAACCAAGCAAAACUUCCUGACACUCAGAGAGAUGGUCUGGCUAGGCGAAAAACUCAGGCUAACCCCUCCCAACUAGACUUGUCCGUUUUUGUGAAAGCUCCUAUAACACAAGCAGAUAAAGCUAUCUGGGAUCGACUAAAAGUUUCAGGGAAGUCCAGUGAUGAGGAGCUCACAGACACUCCAGAUUCACUGCUGUCUUCUGAAAUGACAGUGGAAACUGAUAACAGUUUUGUAAGUCCCAAAGUGCAAACAUGCAAGAAAACUACCACUCCCAAACAGAGGUUUGUGCACUUUGGGCCAGUGACAGAAAUUGACCAUCAGCAAUGGGAGCAGCCUUCCGUUACUAUAGCUGUGGCCAAAAACGAAAUGGAAGAGACAACUAAUAGGAAAAAUAUUGGGGCUCUUGGGGUAUCAAGUGGAACUUCCUCCUCAGUUUCUGUGAGCCCCGAGAAGUCUGUUGCUCAUGCUGAUGAAGGCCACAGGCCUCAUGCUAAUUCCAGUGAAAUACUAUUAUCCGAAAGGGAUAUGCAUAAUUCAUCUGUUCCGGAUGUUUGUGAUAAUCCCGAGAAGCAGAUACCUAGCAGCUUGAGUGAAUGGAAUGAAAGCAGCGAAGAAGAAUUGGAUGAGACGUUCCCAGAUAUUGAAAGAGAUGACAUGCUGGCUAGAAGAUUUGGAACUUUUCAGAAAUCUGCUAGCCCAGUUCGCACAUCUUGCUCUCCCAUUUCAGUAGUCGGUAGUCAUCAUCCAUUGAAACAGGAACAAAAUGUGAUUCUGUGCAGACAGUGGAAGACUCCACAAAAAGUAGAAAGAACACUGACUGGUAUAAUGCAGUGUGAAAACAGAGUGCCUUCACCUGCAUCUCUAAGUCCGGGUGUAUUGUGUGAAAAUGGCUAUGGAAAGUCAAACGAUCAAGAUGAUCACAGAAAUCCUACAGCAGGAGAGAAAGGGGCACUUAAAAAUACAGGGAACGAUGACAUGAUGGUGAGAAGAACCAGAGCUUUUCUGAAGCAGACUGGACCCUGUGUUAAACAGUUCCUCCCAGUUCCUUUCUCAAAGCAGCAGAAUGGUGAGGAAGCAGCUAAGGAGCUUGCAAAGACUGAACAGAAAAUGAAGAGUAUUACUGUGACGGAUUCAGUGGUCUCUGAAAACCAUCCAAGGCCUUGCAUGGAAAUCCCAGAAAGGCUUGUAGUGCAUCUUGAAGAGCAGCUGGAAGAAGAGAAAUCUAGCACCUCUAGUGAAAAAGAGGGUGUUUCUUCAGAUGCACAUAAGAAUGUGCUUGACCUUGAAUCGGUCAAAACUGAACAUUCUUCUGAGAUGCAGGAAGUUCUUGAAACAAACAGCAAAGAACUUAUGUCGCUAGAAGAUGAACCAAUACAAAUAUUCGGCUCCAGAACUCCUGUGUCUGAUGACGCAGAGAGUGUGAGCAUGUUUGACAUGAGAUGUGUGGAUGAGGCUACUGUAAUGCAGCCCCACAGCAAAGCACGCCAUGAGAAGCUGCAGACUAUUCAUAACCAGCUGAAGGAGGAUGAAGAUCGGUGGCAGGAUGAUUUAGCCCGGUGGAAGAGUCGUCGAAGAAGUGCUUCGCAGGAUUUACUAAAAAAAGAAGCUGAGAGGAAAAAGAUGGAACGGUUACUGACUGGAGCUGAGGGACCCAGUGAGCGAAGGAAAAGCAUCAAGACUUACAGAGAAAUUGUGGAAGAGAAAGAGCGGCGAGAGAAAGAACUACAUGAAGCAUACAAGAACGCCAGGUCACGGGAGGAGGCAGAUCAUAUUCUCCAACAAUACAUUGAGAGAUUCACCAUUAGUGAAGCUGUCCUUGAACGCUUGGAGAUGCCAAAAAUUCUGGAGAGAAGCCAUUCAGCUGAGCCAAAUUCAUCAUCCCCGCCUAAGGACCCAAACCCCCUGCGAUAUUUACGGCAACAGUCACUUCCUGCCCCCAAAUACACUGCCAAGGUUGAGGCAACCAUUGUUCCCAGUGGAUCCGAAGCCAGCAUUUCAACAGGUCGCACCUCUCCAAGCAAACCUUUUCCCUCCAAGGCUGUGCCUAUGUUGACACCCAAGCCUUACUCACAGCCUAAAAAUACCCAGCAGGUUUUCAGAACAUUUAAGGUAGAUGGAAAAGUCAGCAUGAACGGAGAAGCCGUCAAUGGAAUGGAGGAGGAGCGAGAGAGGGAAUGCACAGCGUUAAUUUUUGCUCCUUCACCAAGUCGCUCGCCAAAAUCCGACUAUGGGGUGGAAGUGGAUGGCAUCUCAGCGGAGGGAAAGCAGGAUGCCACAAAUCCUGAGCUUGUUCUGAAGAGACUCAUCGAGCACAAUAAGCACAGAGAGCAGGCCCUGUUGUCUGGCAGAAGAUUACGUGAAGACGUGAGCCCCUUAAAAAGCAUUGUAUGUGAGGAUUCUGUGACUGAAGAUGAUCAACCAACCAACCAAAUAAAUGAAUUUGAUUCAGAAAGACCGCCUCCAGCUUCGAACCACAAAGAAUUCAACACAGCGGUUUCCUGUGCCAGCCCAGUCGUGACCAGUGUGAAGUACUCCUCCCUCAGUAAUCAUUCCAAGGAAAUGACUUCAGUGGGUGGCCUGAAGAAACUUGAAACAGCACCCCAGAAGGAAGCACCACUUCUCCAGAAGGUAGAGACUUCGGGAGCUCCUGAACAAGAUGGAGGCAUGGUCUUUCCGCUUCUGAAGAAGAUGCCUGAGAUGAAUCAAGUUGUUUUGCAGAAUUCUGCCCUACAAGAGCUGCCCAACUGUGCCAGUGUUCCGCUUAAGGUUCGGAACGCCUGGCGGCGCUACCAAUUUUUCUCCCAGUCAGCUGACAGUGAUAACCGUGACAAGUUGAACCGUCUUGGUUGCUGGUCUUGGAAUCCAGAAGAGGAGCGUAAGCGACAGGAGCGAUGGCAGCAUGAACAGGAGCGCGUACUCCAGGAAAGGUAUCAGAAGGAGCAGGACAAGCUGAAAGAAGAAUGGGAAAAAGCACAAAAAGAAGUUGAAGAGGAGGAGCGUAAAUACUAUGAGGAGGAACGCAAGAUCAUUGAAGAUACCGUGGUUCCAUUCACAGUUACUUCGAAUUCUGCAGAACACUUGUCCACCUCUUCCUCCGUGACAGAUGGAAAUGGGACUCUGAAUACGAUAGAUAUGAGUAACUCUGAAGAGGAACAUAAGCAAAAAGACAGAACUCAGAAGAAACUAUUUUGUGAACAAGAUGACACUUCUUUCUCAAAAAGCAAGGAAUAUGAACCACUGAAGGAGAAUUUGAGCACUGUAAAUGAAAUAUAUGGAGACACUAAUCAGAGAAGAAGUGAGCAAGAAAACCAGAGGUCCAUGCCAGAAUGUACAACGCCCACCAAAAUGACUUUGCCAUUAUAUCAGGAUAUAUCACGGAAUCAGACAAAACAAAGCCCACGUGCUUCAGAUGUCAAACAGAAAAAUUCACCAUUGGAACAUAAUUUAGGUCCUCCAGUCAAUUCCGCAAAAGAAAUUCGGAGAGCUGGCUGUCGAGAGACCUCUAGAACUGGGUCAACAUCACCAGGUUCUCCUACAGUUCAAAGCCAGUCACCCAACAGGUCUAUCAGUGGCAAGAAGCUCUGCUCCAGCUGUGGGCAACCUCUUGGGAAAGGCGCUGCCAUGAUUAUCGAAUCACUUGGUCUUUACUUCCAUAUUCAGUGCUUCAGGUGUGGAAUCUGUAAGGGACAACUUGGAGAUGCAGCGAGUGGAACAGAUGUCCGAAUUAGAAAUGGUCUUCUCAACUGUAAUGAUUGUUACAUCCGAUCCAGAACUGCUGGUCAGCCAACAACUUUGUGACCCGGCUGUCAGUCCUGCUUCCACAUUUCUUCUGCAAGAAGGAGCAGCACUGCUAUGUUCCUGUCUAAUCACAUGUAAGAGCUUAUCUCCAUGGACUCCUUGGCUCUCACCUCAUCUUGGAAGGUUGGCAUAAAGGAAAAGACUCCAUCGGCUACUUUCAAAUGCAAUACAUGGACCUUUCUUCCUUAAUUCACUUCCAUUACCUGUAUGAAGUGUGUCCCUGGACAUUUCCCUUCUGGCCCUCCCAUGAAAGCGUGCUCCACAUUACCGGUUAUGUUUGUUGUCGCCGUCUGCUCUUUUGAAAGUAACACGGAAAUAAAGAUGCAAUAAACCUGUUCUGUUUUAAUAUAACUAGGGAUUGAGAAUUUUUAAGUUUACACAACCUUUGUAGAUGUUCUAUAAUAUGCCAACAUAUUAAUCUAUUUAGUUGCAUUUGAAGAAGAAGAAGAAAUAUUAAGCGGCAUCCCAGAAAGCAUAGUUUUCUGUUUAUUACUGAAGUGAUAACUUUUUUAAAUACAAAAGACUAGUUUGAUAAAGCAUACUGUAACUCUGAAACAUUUUACUAUAUUACCUUCAGCGGAGGGUAGGGAAUCUAUAAAUAAAUUAUUUCACCUUCUGUAAUCUCUCUGUGCAUACAAAGAUUCUCCCUAUAACAGUAAAUAAAGGCAUUUUCAGUAAACAUAA